AUGUCUUUCACCAUCACCACCAGAAUACCGCUACGGAGUCUGAGAUUGCAAGUCACCACUUCUCGCAGGAUUGCUAUUGCUGUUCAGAGACGGCGUUUCUUCUUCAACUCGUUCUGGCGAUCACCUAAGCCGGCCGAGCAUGCUGAUUGGAGCCCCGCUACACAUGGCCCUUUUCGGCCAACCAAACGCCAGGAACAGCUGCAACAGCAACAGGAGCAAGAGCUGAGACAAUCGAAAGAGCAGGAACUUCUCGUUCAUGAUGAAUCCAACAUUGGCCAGCUUGACGGUAGCCCAGCGAAGAGAAUCGCGGUGAACAUCGAUGGAGAGCCCAAGAUCUUCGACGCUGCGUUCCUUCGCGACAGCUGCACGUGUACGAAAUGCAUGGACCCUGACAGCAAAAACAAGCGCUUCCAGACGUCAGAUAUACCCGAAGAUCUAGAAGGUAGCUGCAAGACAGUAGUGGAUGAAGAGAAGGGAGUCUCUAUCGAGCUUCAAUGGAAGACAGACGUCAAAGGCUUCGGUCCGGAGCACCGUACACGGCAUUCCAUCGACUGGCUACGUCGCGCAUUCAACACAGAGAUCGAGCUACGUGGCGGAGUGCGACACGAUGACAGAGUGUUCUGGGACAAGAACAGGAUCGUAAAAGACAAUAAGUGGCUCGACUACGACACCUACAUGUCCCAAGACGAAACCCUCUUCGAAGCUCUCACCCACCUGAACCGCUACGGCCUCCUCUUCAUCAAGAACGUGCCCGAAUCCGAGGAAUCCGUCGUAGCCCUCGCCUCCCGCAUCGGUACCCUCAAAGACACUUUCUAUGGCCGAACAUGGGACGUCCGCUCAAAACCCAAAGCCGAAAACAUAGCCUACACACCCGACUACCUCGGUCUCCAUAUGGACUUGCUAUACACAUCCAACCCCCCGCAUCUGCAACUCCUGCACUCCCUGCGAGCACGUACCCCAGGUGGCGAAUCCUUCUUCUCUGAUUCCUUCGCCGCAGCACACCAACUUCGGCGGCAGUCAGAGGGGCACUUCAGAACGCUAUGUACCUUCCCCGUAACAUACCACUACCAUCACCCGACCUACCAUUACCACUUCACCCGGCCAGUGAUUGAAACCUUCGCCUAUCCAAACUACAGCGACCCUGCCAACCUCGCCAUCCGCCGUAUAAACUGGUCUCCACCUUUCCAGGGGCCCUUCGAAGCGCGUAUCGGCAGCGGCAAUUCCACGUCGCUUCGCUCCUUCAUUGCUGCUUCGCACGCGUACGAGAACCUGCUUAGUGCGGAGGAGAAUUUGUAUGAGUACAGGUUGAAUGAGGGGGAGUGUGUCAUCUUCGAUAACAGGCGGGUGUUGCAUGCUAGGAAGGCUUUCGAUGCUACAAAGGGUGAGCGUUGGCUGAAGGGGGCGUACGUGGAUGACGAUGUUUUCUUUAGUAAGCUGAGGGUGCUGGAAGAGAAGUUUGAGGGGAAAUGGGUCGCUGAAGGUGUGGUUAGGCAUGCCGUGAAAUGA